AUGGCGAGCCUGCUCGAUGUUAUGGCCGGCAUGAACAUGGGCGGCCUUGGUGGCUGUGGCGCAGGAGGUAGUGGAGGUCCUGGCGGUGGCGGCAGGGACCUGGACCCGAAGAAGCAGCUCUUGCUGAGCCUCCUCUCUGAGGUUGGCCUCUUCGAGCAGGAUGACGAUCAGGAUGAGGCUGCUGGGCUUCUCCGCCAGCUGCUGAACUCGCGAGAGCGGCGGCUUGCUCGGCGAAAGCAGGAGCAGCUCGAGACCCGGGCGGAUUGGGUCUAUCGCCUCCGGGGGAACAAGGGCAUGGGUGGCUUCCAGCAGCUCCUGCGCACAGCUGGUGACUGCCUUGCUGGGGCAUCUGCAGCAAGGGGGGAUGUUCGAGGGCACGACUGCAAAAUCUGCCCCUCCGCCACCGCCUUCUACUCCCCCGCCUUCGACUCCCACGCCGAGCUGGCUCCGGUGGCUCCGGUGGUGGCUCCAGCUGGAAGAAUUCGGGCGGUGGUGGCUCCAGCUGGAAGAAUAAAUGGCCCGAGCAGAGCCAGCGGCGGCAAAAGUCUGGACAAGAAGGGCAAUGUCGAUGAUGCCACGCCGGUUAAAGCCAUGCCGGCCGUGCCCAGAGCGAAAGCUGCUGCAGAGCAGUCGGAUGCAGAGAAGCCGGCUGCAGAGAAGCCGGACACAGACAAGCCAGAUGAGAAGCCGGAUGCAGAGAAGCCUUCCGCAGACAAGCCUGCAGCAGAGAAGCCGGCAGAGCCUGAUGCCGCAGAAUCUUCGGCACCUUCCGCACCGUCCGCUGCUGCCCCGCCAGAGCCAGACGCUGCAGUGGCCGUGGACGAUGAGGAGGAUGUGGCACCGGAGCCAAAACACCUCUGCAACAAACGCCGCAAAAAGGCUCGCAAUUAG